GCGGCGCGUCGCCUCGCCACGCCGGAGCAGCGGGUGCAGCCGGAGCCGCGGGUCCAGGAGAGCAGCGGGAGCAGCGGGCGCGGGCGCACGGCCCGGGAGCAUGCCCGCGCAGCCCCGCUGAAUGGCGCCUCCCGUGCGCCCGGGGAUGCCGCCCCUGCUGCUGCUGCUGUUGCUGCUGCUGCUGCCGCCGCUCGGCUCGGUUCCAGGAGUGUGGAGCUUUAGCGAACUGUUUUUCAUGAGAGAACCACAGGAUGUGACUGUCACAAGGAAAGACCCGGUCCUUUUAGAUUGCCAGGCUCAUGGAGAAGGUCCCAUUAAGGUCACGUGGUUAAAAAAUGGAGCAAAAUUGUCCGAAAAUAAACGGAUCCAGGUUCUCUCUAACGGCUCUUUAUACAUGAGUGAGGUGGAAGGCAGGCGAGGAGAGCAGUCGGAUGAAGGAUUUUAUCAGUGCUUGGCAGUCAACAAAUACGGAGCCAUUCUUAGUCAGAAAGCUCAUCUGACGUUGUCAACUAUUUCUGCGUUCGAAGUCCAUCCAGUUUCUACUGAAGUCCAGGAAGGGGGAGUUGCUAGAUUUUCUUGCAAGAUUUCAUCAAACCCCCCUGCCGUCAUAACAUGGGAGUUCAAUAGGACAGCCCUGCCUAUAACCAUGGACAGGGUGACUGCCCUGCCAUCCGGAGUAUUGCAGAUCUAUGAUGCUGGCCCGGAGGAUGCUGGGAAUUACCGCUGUGUUGCGGCGACUGUAGCUCAUAAGCGUAAAAGCAUGGAGGCCUCUCUCACCAUAAUUCCAGCUAAUGAGUCCAGACCCUUCUACAUGCCGACCAUUGUAGCCGGUCCACAGAAUGUAACUGUGUCUCUGCAUCAGACUGUCGUUCUAGAAUGCAUGGCCACAGGAUAUCCCAAACCCAUCAUUUCCUGGAGCCGUCUUGAUCACAAAUCCAUUGAUGUCUUUAACACUCGGGUACUUGGAAAUGGCAAUCUCAUAAUAUCAGAUGUCAAACUACAGCAUACUGGAGUGUAUGUUUGUCGGGCCACCACCCCUGGCACUCGCAACUUCACGGUUGCCAUGGCAACUUUAACUGUAUUAGCUCCUCCUUCAUUUGUUGAAUGGCCUGAAAGUUUAACAAGACCACGAGCUGGUACUGCACGGUUUGUGUGUCAGGCGGAGGGAAUCCCCUCACCCAAAAUGUCCUGGUUGAAAAAUGGAAGAAGGAUACAUUCAAACGGCAGGAUUAAAAUGUACAACAGCAAAUUGGUAAUUAACCAGAUUAUCCCUGAAGAUGAUGCUUUUUAUCAGUGCAUGGCCGAAAACAGCCAAGGCUCUGCUCUGUCUCGAGCCAGACUGACCGUGGUCAUGUCGGAAGACAGACCCAGCGCUCCGUAUAACGUUCAUGCCGAAACCAUGUCGAGCUCCGCCAUCCUUCUCGCUUGGGAGAGGCCACUGUACAACUCAGACAAGGUCAUCGCCUACUCUGUGCACUACAUGAGAGCAGAAGGCUUAAAUAAUGAGGAGUAUCAGGUGGUCCUUGGAAACGACACAACUCAUUACAUCAUCGAUGACUUAGAACCGGCCAGCAACUACACUUUCUACAUCGUGGCGUACAUGCCCAUGGGAGCCAGCCAGAUGUCGGACCAUGUGACCCAGAACACUCUAGAGGAUGUGCCCCUGAGACCUCCCGAAAUUAGCUUGACGAGCCGAAGUCCCACCGACAUUCUCGUCUCCUGGCUGCCCAUCCCGGCAAAGUACCGGCGGGGCCAAGUGGUGCUGUAUCGGCUGUCCUUCCGCCUGAGCACUGAGAAUUCCAUCCAAGUUGUGGAGCUCCCAGGGACUGUGCACGAGUACCUCCUGGAAGGCCUGAAGCCUGACAGUGUCUAUCUGGUCCGGAUUACUGCUGCCACCCGCGUGGGGCUGGGAGAGUCAUCGGUGUGGACCUCACACAGGACGCCCAAAGCCACGAGCGUGAAAGCCCCUAAGUCUCCUGAACUGCAUUUGGAACCCCUGAACUGUACGACCAUCUCCGUGAGGUGGCUGCAAGACACUGAGGACCCAGCUGCCAUUCAGGGCUACAAGCUGUUUUAUAAAGAGGAAGGGCAGCAGGAGAAUGGACCUAUUUUCCUAGACACCGGCGACCUGCUGUAUACGCUGAGUGGCUUGGACCCCAGAAGAAAAUACCACGUGAGGCUGCUGGCGUACAACCACAUGGAAGACGGCUACCAGGCUGACCAAACCGUCAGCACUCCCGGAUGCGUGUCUGUUCGUGAUCGCAUGGUCCCUCCGCCGCCGCCGCCCCACCAUCUCUAUGCGAAGGCUAACACCUCCUCUUCCAUCUUCCUGCACUGGAGGAGGCCUGCAUUUACCAUGGCCCAAGUCGUUAACUACACUGUCCGCUGUAACCCUGUCGGCCUGCAGAACGCCUCUCUGGUUCUCUACCUGCAAACGUCAGAGACCCACAUGUUGGUUCAAGGACUGGAACCAAACACCAAGUAUGAAUUUGCUGUCCGGCUGCAUGUGGAGCAGCUCUCCAGUCCCUGGAGCCCCGUGGUCUACCAUUCCACACUCCCAGAAGCACCCACAGGCCCCCCGGUGGGCGUGAAGGUGACCCUGAUCGAGGACGACACUGCCCUUGUUUCCUGGAAACCCCCAGACGGCCCAGAGACAGUUGUGACCCGCUACACCAUCUUGUACGCUUCCAGGAAGGCCUGGAUUGCGGGCGAGUGGCAGGUCCUCCACCGAGAAGGGGCAACGACUAUGGCUCUCCUGGAAAACCUGGUGGCGGGGAACGUGUACAUCGUCAAGAUAUCCGCAUCCAACGGGGUGGGAGAAGGGCCCUUUUCCGAUCCCGUGGAGCUGGUUGCCCUGCCCAGGGACGCUUCGGAAUCGAACCAGAGACCCAAGCGUCUGGAUGCUUCUGAUGCCAAAGUUUAUUCAGGCUAUUACCAUCUGGACCAGAAGUCAAUGACCGGUAUCGCCGUAGGCGUUGGCAUAGCCUUGACCUGCAUCCUCAUCUGUGUUCUCAUCUUGGUAUACCGAAGCAAAGCCAGGAAGUCAUCUGCCUCCAAGACGGCACAGAACGGAACCCAGCCGUUAUCCCGAGCCAGUGCUUCUGUAGCCGCGGGGAGUGACGUGGGGAAGAACCUGGAGAGGGCGACAGAGAAUGAAGAGUCCUUGGUACCCAUGAUGCCCAGCAGCUUCAUCGAUGCGAAGGGAGGGACUGAUCUGAUCAUCAAUAGCUAUGGUCCUAUAAUUAAAAACAACACCAAGAAAAAGUGGCUUUUUUUCCAAGACACCAAGAAGAUGAAAGUUGAACAGACUCCAAGAAGAUUUACUCAGCCCGUCUGCUUUUACCAGCCAGGCACCACCGUGCUCAUCAGCGAUGAGGACUCCCCCAGCCCCCCAGGCCAGACCACCGGCUUCCCAAGACCCUUUGGGGCUGCCCUCGACACUGAGCAUUCAGCAAACAGUGAAGGCAGCCACGAGACGGGGGAUUCUGGAAGGUUCUCCCACGAGUCCAAUGAUGAGAUACACCUGUCCUCGGUCAUCAGCGGCACACCCCCCACCCCGAAUUCCCUCGCCGGUGGUGAUGCUGAUGGAGCUGGUGUGCUGAAGAAGCACGGAGACCCUGCGGGGCCCUUGCCAGAUGAGCAGACUUCCUCCUCAGCCCCACAGCCACCGUCUGCAGGGCCGCGCUUUGCUGCCGAGGGGUUUCCCAUCUAGACAGCCAUGCUCAGGGAUUCACAAGCAUCUGUUCGAAGGACAAUGAACAGGGAGCCAAAGCCUGUGAAAAUCUUGACGUCUUAACUGUUUAUUGGUUUUUGUUUUUUUGUUUUUUUUUUAAUCUCUUAAAAAAUUUUUUUAAUUAUUUUUAAGCGCACGAAUUUUGAAUGUUUCAACUGUCAACAAUGUGAAAAAGGGCAGUCAGGAUGCUUGACUGUGUUCUCAGAUACAUCACUGGAGCGGAGGGAAGACUGCCCGAGCCCUCUGCUGAAUAGCUACCUCAGUUUGCUGUUGGCGGACUCUGAAGAGCUGUGCUGCCUCCUUCAGUGCUGGUUUCUCUGGGCGGCGGCAGAGUCAGCGGGACUUCCUAGGGACGCCGCCGCCGCCGCCGUGUGUCCAUUGUGUGUGUGAUGUGUGUGCCUGAGGAGCCCGAUGGGUAGAUGAGGAAGAAUGUUGAUCUGAAGCUCUGUUUUUUUGUUUUUUUGUUUUUUUUCCCAACUGUGACAUCUGCGUGAUUUGGAUAAUGUUAAGACCUCUGGCUGUGAGGAGAAAAUUCGGGACUAUAUUUAUUUGAAUGGAUGAAACAAAUAUGUCUCUUUGGAGAAGAGAACCAUUCCAUAGCAUAUAGGAGAACAUAGCCUUGCCAGGCUGUUGGGAUUGGAGCACCAGGUCGGGAGUACUGUGCUCCAGCCCAAACCAGCCUGCCUUCAGCCUGCAAAAGCCACCUCCACUUGGCCCCACAGUCCGUCAAGGGCCACGCUGUCUCUUUGGUGGAACAUCUUCAGAGUUUCCAAGCUAGCUGCGAAACACAAUGUAGAAAAGUGGAUUUUUUUUUCUAAUGGUUCAGAUUUUCUCUUUUAAAAUCCCAGUUUGGCUUCAAAUGGUGGAGACGUGUCAUGAAGUCUCAAGAACGAAGAUCCACGAAGCAGUAGACUAUAAGAUGAACUUGUGGUUUUCAUAACAGCAGUGCCUUCCAGUAUAUAUUGUGAAAAUUUUUGCCUUAUACCUUUUUAAUAUUCAUGAAGAUGUUUAGGAAAAAGGGUACCAAAAAUUUGCCUUAACAAAGCUUGGGUCUUACCGAUAGCUCUUUUGCUACCUGGCACCUUGUUGGUGAUGUUCUCUUUUUGAAGCGCGCAGGAUUGCCCCGGGGACAUUGUACCCCACCACCCCAGCGGCUAAGCUCUUGGCUUACUGUCCCACUCUCCAGGAGUGAGUUCAUCCUCUGCCUGGUUUGAAAUCAGCAAGUUGUUGACUCAGCCCCUUAGAGCAGGGCCUUCUCAGUCCUGAGGCAUCAACCUAGGGGCUGAGCCGCAUGGGAGGGACAAAAAAUGAGAGCCGCGGAAGAGAGGCACGUCCUCAGCCUUUCAAAACCGUGGGUUUGGCCCUCCCCCCAGGUUUUUUGGAAAUGGCUUUUGAGUUGCAUUUUAAAGGAAGGACCCUCUGUGGGUUUUUUCCCUUGAAACCUUCCCUCUACAGAUGGAAUAGGUCCUGACCAACGGGGUCCUAAAGUCAAGGGAACGGCUGGAUAAUCAUCCUGGGGUCAUCUGUCUCGAUGACCCUGCCACGGUUUUUUCAUUGUGAUUCUAAGUUUUGUGCCAAAUUGGACGCGCUUAGAACCCGAUCCACGAGGUGGGCCAGCUGCCACUUCUGAGCACAGUUCUGUCCCUCUCCUUGUGUUGUGGGCUUUUCGGCAACUUGGGGGGGGGGG